UGUCUCUACAAGUACAACAUGGUGGUGUUUCGCUUCACCUUCCUUGUAGGUAUGAUGUGGAGUUUCCAACCCACAGGAGCUGCGGAUGUCCAUAUUUACGUCAGCCCUGCUGGAAACGAUGCCAAUAAUGGCACCAGCCCUGACCACCCCGUCCACAGUAUUCAACACGCCCUUGACACACUGAAGAGUGUACACUAUGACAAUGCGUACGUGGAGCUUAUGGCCGGUCACUAUGAUAUAAACGCCACCCUGCACGUUUACGUGAACAACGUGCAUCUACGGUCAUACCAGCACCAGCCCGUCUAUGUGACGGGCGGCCGGCGUGUUCCGAGUGGCCUCUUUAAACACGUGACCGACCACUCCGCCAUCAGCAAACUUCCGGCUCAAGCCAGACAACACGUACGGGUGGUGCACCUGCCGGACGCCGGAGUGACGGACUACGGGACGUUUGGGAACUACGGCGGACACAGUCACCGCGUGGCGCCUCUUGAAGUAUUCUUCAACUCCAAACCCCUCAGACUAGCGCAGUGGCCAAACGAGGGCUACCUAAACAUUGUGGAAGUACCGGACGGCUCAAACGGUUCCCGGUUCCGGUAUAACUCCUCGGUUCCCCGGACCUGGUCAACCCAGGACGACGUCUUGGUGCACGGAUACUGGUACUGGAGCUGGCAUGACGGGGUACAGGAGGUGGCCAAGCUUAACACAACCACGGGGACAGUCACCCUGGCCCGACCCCCAACCUACGGGCUAAGAAUAGGCCAUUUCGGGGAGGCAGAUGCGAGCUAUCAAAAGCAAGGCGGCUACUUCCGUUUUAUCAACGUUCUGGAAGAGCUUGAUUCUCCGGGCGAGUAUUAUAUGGAUGCGAAAUCUGGGAACUUGUACGUUUGGAUGCCAAACGCGGAUGGAAACCUCCACACAUCGGAUUCCAUUUACGUUUCAGUGGUGAACAACUGUAUAGAGGUGCGGGCCAACGGCAAUGACAUUUCCUUCUCAGACUUUACACUGGAGGUUUGCAGAGAGUAUGGGAUUAAAGGACCAAAGUUGAACAACUUCCAGCUUCUAAAUAUGGAAAUCAGGAACACUGGGUCUUACGCCGCGCUUUGUUCUGAUUGCCGAAACGUCCAAGUGUCACAAUGUCUUAUACACGACGUGGACGGGGGACUCUUCAUCAGCGGUGGCGACCGGAAGCUCUUGGAGUCGUCCGGCGCAGUUCUGGAGCACAAUGAGAUAUACAACUUUUCACGCGUGGUGGCCGUCGGUUCUGACGCCAUUUACGCCAACGGUGUUGGCCAUAUUGUUCGACAUAACUCCAUCUAUAACGGCCAGUACAGGGGCGUCAACUAUUUUGGUAACGACAUCGUGAUGGAGUUCAACCACGUGCACCAUACGUGCAUGAACGCGUCUGACUGUGGGGCGUUCCACACAGGCCGAGAUUGGACAACGCGCGGGAACGUAAUACGGAACAACCUGGUUCAUGACAACUUACGACUGGUGCCCGGUGCAGAUGUGCGGGGCGUCAUGUUGGAUGAUCAGUCCUCCAGCACACACAUUACCAACAACGUCUUCUUCAACAAUGACGUGCACGUGAACAUCGGUGGCGGUCGUGACAACGUUGUUUCCGGUAACGUCAUGUACGGGGCAGAACGUUUCUCCAUGCAAGUUGACGGCAGGGGACUUGGCAGAGAUGACUACAAGGAUUUUAUCAACCACAGACUACAUAAUAUGCCGUACACGGGAGCGCUUUGGAGCAUGCGGUACCCAAAAUUGGCGGCCAUAGACGCUCAUAACGCCAGCCUCCCGGAAGGGAAUGAGAUAAGUAAGAAUGUCGUGUACAAUAGCGGCCACGUGGGUUUUAUACCGACACUCCAUGGAUGGAUUGACAAUAAAAGGUUCUUCAACGUCACAGACACGGGCUUUGCGAUCAACGAAGGUGAUUUUUACGAUGCGGCCCACGGCGACUUUCGAGUGAGAUGCUACAUGGCCGACUGGGCGAACCGGGUGAACUUCCUUCAGCCACUUUCACCAGACCAGUACGGCGCGCAGAAGACGGUCGGUCCAAUUCACCUCCACAGAAUGCCGGCUCACCUGACGUCACAGCCUCAUUCUGGUCCAUGUACCACACAGGCGCCCGUAACGUCCUCACCAGCGGUCGCCUACCUCCCGGACGGCUCCGGAUCCAACCACUUGUAUAACGUGACGUCACAAGGUUGCUGGCUGAUUGUGUCAAAAUGCAGCGCCCACCCGGCGGCCGUCGGUAUGUACAGGGACACUGUCGGAGAGCGGCAGGUACGCGCGGACCAGAACGAGACCGCGUGCAUGGAACGAGCUGUCCACACAUGGAAGUCAUGUGGAGGGCACAAAGAUGAACAAGUCGCCGCCAUAUACGGCCCUUCCGGAGCCACAACUUUGGCAGGUGAUGGUUGCUACAUGGCUAUGUACGGCUGUCCGCAGCACGGCGGGCCCGCGGACGGACACGCAGUCGCUACCGGAAAGAUUUACCGGGAUGGGUAUGCGGAGCAGCACCAAGGGGCGGCGACGGACGAAGGGGCGUGCCUCAGCCGCUCAAUCGCCCAGUGGCGCUACUGUGGAUCAUACGCCAACCACCCCAUAACAUCCAUAUUCAGGCCAACAGGCGCGGUACGCACGGCGGGCGCAGGUUGCUGGAUACAUGUACAGAGCUGCAAUCACGUGACCGGAAACCACACCAUGUUCUACGACGCCUGGGGAGCGGCUAAUCUCCACACAGACGAGAACGAGAGCGCGUGUCUCCACCAGGCCCGGUACUACUGGCAGCAGUGCGGCUCCCACCCCGCACAUCCCGUUACCGCCUUCUAUCGGCCGUCUACCCACUCUCGCACGUACCCAUGACAGGAGAAAAAAAAUUCUUCAGA